AUGAAUGAAGUUAUUGAUAAUUUCGUUGCUCUGAUGAUUGCUAGCCAUGAUAGUUCAGCUGCCGUCCUGACUUGGGUCAUUUGGAAAUUGGCUAAAGACCGCGAGAUCUAUGAUAAUGUUGUCAGAGAGGAAAUGAGCAUUAUAGAAGAAAGAAAGCAGCGACAACAACAAGGUGGUGGUGAAGCUGACGGACGUCUGACAUGGGGCGUUGUAGCCAAAAUGAAAUACACAUGGAGAGUAGUACAAGAAGUGAUGAGGGUCAUUCCUCCUUUCUUUGGAAGUUUCAGAACUGCGAUCAAGGACACCAGUUAUGGUGGUUAUGACAUCCCAAAAGGAUGGCAGAAGUCAGAAACAGAUUUAUAUCCAGAUACGCUAUUAGUAGUCAAGGUAUUUUGGGUGGCUUUUUCAACACAUAUGAACAACGACAUAUUCAAUGACCCAGCAGAAUUCGAUCCCUCUCGUUUUGACAGCAAGUCUAAUAUUAUUCCCCCUUACUCGUACUUAGCAUUCGGAGCAGGCCAUCAUAUUUGCAUCGGCCUCGAAUUUGCUAGAGUUGAAGCACUGGUAGUGUUGCAUCAUAUGGUGACCAAAUUCGAAUGGUCACUUGUAAAUCCAGACGAGAAACUAACUCGUCUAGCUUUGCCAUACCCGGAAAUGGGUCUUCCAAUCAACCUCAUACCAAGAAGCAGUUGUUGA